AUGUACUCCUCGCUGUUGGAGGCCAAGGUCGUUAUCCUCGGUAGCCAAGGCGUCGGAAAGACGUCGCUCGUCGUCCGAUAUGUCCAAAAGACAUUCUCUGCCAACUGCACGUCCACCAUCGGUGCAUCCUUCAUGACCAAGAAAUUAGUUGUUGACAAUUGUAAAGUACGACUUCAAAUCUGGGACACAGCAGGUCAGGAACGAUUCAGAUCCAUGGCGCCCAUGUACUAUCGCGGAGCCAAUGCUGCUAUUUUAGUAUACGACAUUACAUCAGAGGAAUCGUUCCGGGAUAUGAGCUCCUGGGUGGAGGAGCUACGCAAGAAUAUGACCGAGGAUUUGAUUAUUCAUGUGGUUGGAAACAAGCUGGACUUGGCUUCUUCGAAGAGGGCUAUCCCUGUUUCGCGCACGGAGGAAUAUGUAUCAAAGACCCUCGGCACAGAGUUUUCAGUCCACGAAGUGUCUGCCAAAGAUGACAAUGGCAUUGAGGAGUUGUUUUUGCAGAUUACGAGGAAGCUGGUAGAGAGGAAGCAGGAGAUUGAGCGGGUCAAGAGGAUCAAUGCGGAGAAUGCGAUUACAUUGCAGCAGCUGGAGGAUGAGCGACUCCAGCAGGCACAGACGACAAACAACAGUAGCGUCUGCUGUGGAAUAUAA